AUGACAAGCAAAGCUGCUUCUCUCGAUCGAGCCCGUCGCAGGGCAUACCACGAUGGCAUUGCAUCCGUCGACGGGUGUGCCAUUGCCAUCGGCUCCUUUUUUGCAACCGACCAUUUUGUGGUGGAUGAUCCACCCGUCGUCGCCGCAGACUAUCCCAGUGUGGGCGUCGGAGUCCGUAUCGCUGUCGCUGCUGUCGCCGCCGGUGCCCCCCCAACCGCGACCGAGACCACUAAGAUUGAUGCUGGCCCUCCGACUGAGCUGGGUAGGGAAAUCUUGACAAAGACAAAGGCGUUAGCUUUACCGCCCUCAAGACUAUUCGGGGUGAAGGGAGCCCGUAGACCAAUGGCCCUACUUACUGAUCACAGCUGUAUUAGCUACCACCGAGGAGGCGAGGAGAACGAGGGCCACGUUGAACUUCAUGAUUGA